AUGGCUGCCGGUGGCGAGUCCCGGCGCCGGGAUGUGCCGGGGGACCCGGUGGCACAUCCUGAGCACUGGGAAGUGCCGGCUUCCCCAGUGGCUGCCAGUGCUGCGUCGCUGGCAGCCUGUGCCGGGCUGUGCCGGGCUGUGCCCGUGCCCGCAGCGGCGCCGGUGGUGACCCCUGAGCCCUGGGAUGUGCCGGAAGGUGCCAGGAUGCACUGGUGCCACAUCCUGAGCACCGGGAUUGUCCCCGCUGCCGCCCCAGCCCCUCCGUCCCCCCAGGACCUCCCCGCAGUGAUGGAGGGGCGCGGGGAGGAGGCGCCGGAGCCGGAGCUGUCGGAGCCAUCGGAGGAGGAGGAGGAGGAGGCGGAGGAGGAGGAGGAGGAUGAAGGCUCCGGGGUGCGGGUGACGCCGGCGCUGCUGAAGGCCACGACGGGCGAGUUCUCGCUGGAGUCCAUCCUGCUGCUGCGGCUGCGGGGCCGCGGCAUCGCCCACCUGGGCUGCCUGGCCGACUGCUCCAACCUGGAGUGGCUGGACCUGUCGGGCAACGCCAUCGCGGGGCUGGCGCCGCUGGCCGCGCUGCGCGCCCUGGCCGUGCUCAACCUGGCCGGGAACCGCGUGGCCAGCGUGGAGCCGCUGCGGGGCUGCCUCAGCCUGCGCCGGCUCAACCUGGCCGGGAACCGCCUGCGCAGCCUGCGCCAGCUGCGCUGCCUGCGGGGCCUGCGGCACCUGGAGAGCCUGCGCCUGCGGGACCCGCUGGGCAACCUGGGCAACCCGCUGUGCGCCGCGCCGGCCUACCGCGCCGCGCUGGCCGCCAUGCUGCCCGGCCUCAAGGCCAUCGACGGGCAGCGCGUGGCCGGGCGCGGCAGCGAGCUCUUCCGCCUGUGCGGCGAGCUGGACGCCGCGCUGGACGGCGACGGGGCGCCCGCCGCGCCCGCCGAGCCGCCGCGGCCCUGGGUGCGGGCCGGCUUCUGGGAGGCGCGGCCCGCGCGCCGCGGCGCCGUGCUGGAGGAGGCCACGCGGCAGCUGGGCCAGGCCCUGCGCGAGUGCCGCGAGCUCGGCCGCCGCGCCGACGACUCCAUCGCUCAGGCCCGGCGCGCGCUCGGCCGCCGCCACCACGGCGACUUCGGCUUCUGAGCGACCGGCCGGGCCCCGGAGGCGACGCGGCCUGGAGCCCACGGUGUCGCAGCUGUGGCACCCCAAAGAUGGGAAUGGAGAGCCCCCUGAGCCACCCAGCCCAAAGCCACC